AUGCAUUCAAUUGCUCCCAGGCCGUUUCGGGUCCACAACUGGGCACUGUGCUUGCUCCUCUUCGUGUCCAGUGCUUGGGCGUUUUACAUCCCUGGUUACUCGGUCACCCGGUACAACGACGACCAACCGAUCCCUUUGCUCGUGAACAAGAUCUUCUCCGACCACACCCAGCUUCAGUAUGCCUACUUUGACCUCCCAUUCGUCUGUCCCCCGAGCGGCCGGACCCAUGGCGGAUCCCCAUUCGGCUCUGGCCAGAGCAUCUCGCUCAACCUGGGCGAGGUUCUGCGGGGAGACCGCAUCAUGACCUCUGAUUUUGAGGUCGUCAUGGGCAAAGACGUCGAAUGCCAGUCUCUAUGUACCGCGAAAGCGAGCCGUUCAGAGGUCAAAUGGGCGCGCCAAUUGGUCAAGGACAACUAUGUGAUUGAGUGGAUCCUCGACAACCUUCCCGGAGCUACGAGCUUUGUGACCGUCGACCGCAGUCGCAAAUACUAUGCGUCCGGAUUCAAGUUGGGCUACCGCGACAUUUCCCCGGCUACCGGCCAGUCGCGCUAUUUCGUCAACAACCAUUUCACUAUUGUUAUCCGCUGGCGUAGCGCACCCGAGGGAGGCAAGGUUAUCGUCGGAUUUGAGGUCUAUCCCAAGAGUAUCACCGCAAAUGACCGCAAGGAGGACGGUUGCCCCAAGGCCGUACACAAGAACCAAGAAGGUCUUGGCCUGUACAUUGCACCCAACAUGUCGCGUCUGCGGGAGAAGUAUGGCGGACUGUCAUAUAUCCCAGAAGAUGAUGAAGAUGACGAUGGUGCCACGCUGGAUAUUCCCUACACGUACUCCGUUUAUUUCCGGGAGGAGAACAAGGUCGAGUGGGCCAACCGCUGGGAUCUGUACUUCACCAACCAGGGAGAGGGUUCGAUGACCCACUGGCUGGCGAUUAUCAAUUCCCUGACUAUUUCCACAGUGUUGGGAGUGACUGUCUUUGUCAUCUGGAGUCGCACUGUCCAGGGCGAUAUCAAGGGCCGCGGCGACGGAGCUAUGGAGGACCGCAAGCUGAAGGUGCAAUCUCGACGCAAGCGCUCUGGCGAGAAGAAGGGCGAGGGGCUGUUGAAUACUGAUGUCGAGCAUGAUGCGGAUAUGUCAUCGGAUGAUGAAGCUUUCGAAGAUACUAGCGGAUGGAAGCUUCUCCACGGCGAUGUUUUCCGAGUUCCAGCCUACAGCGGCCUCCUGGCUCCCCUUGUGGGAUCCGGUAUGCAAUUGCUGUUCAUGGCAACAGGCCUGCUGGUGCUUUCUUGUCUGGGUGUUCUCAACCCCAGCUUCCGUGGCGGCUUCGUUAGCGUCGGAAUGGGUCUGUUUGUCUUUGCCGGCGUCUUCUCUGGCUACUUCUCCGGACGACUGUACAAGACCUUUGGUGGAACCGGCUGGCGGAAGAACACUCUGAUCACAGCUCUUCUAUUCCCUGGUCUGACCUUCUGCCUUGUCCUCAUCCUGAACCUGUUCGUUUGGGCUCAAGCAUCCAGCACGGCAAUCCCAUUCGGCACCCUCAUUGGCCUUCUUGCACUUUGGCUGCUCAUCCAAGUUCCCCUCGUGUACAUUGGUAGCUGGGUUGGCUAUGUGCGGGCGAAGCCAUGGGAGCAUCCAUUGAAGACCAACGCCAUGCCUCGUCAAAUUCCACCUCAGCCCUGGUACCUGCGUAGUCCUGCGGGUCCCUUACUGACUGGUCUGAUCCCCUUUGCUGUCCUCUUCAUCGAGCUGCUCUUUGUGUUCAAAAACCUAUGGCAGGAUAAGAGUGGCUACUACUAUGUGUUUGGCUUCCUCAGUGUCGUCUCUGUCGUGCUUCUUGUGACGGUCGUCGAAGUGACCGUAAUUGCCACUUACAGCCAGCUUUGCUCCGAGAACUAUCACUGGUGGUGGCAGAGCUUCUUGACCGGUGGAAGCAGUGCCUUCUGGAUCUUCGCCUACUGCAUCUGGUAUUACAUGUUUAAGCUGCACAUCACCGGCUUCGUGUCCACCUUGUUGUUCUUCAGUUACAGCUUCCUCGCCUGCGCUGUGUAUGGUCUGUUGACUGGCACCGUCGGUUUCUUGGCUGCCUAUACCUUUGUCCGACGUGUCUACAGUGCUAUCAAGGUGGACUAA